UAUCACGACACUGGAAGAGAAAAAGAAUACUUGCCACAGGUUGGUCAGUGGAACAUGAUGAACAAGAAAGUAAUAAAUGGAAGUACUGUAAGAUAUUGGGCAUGUAUCAAUUUCUCUCGAAGUGUACAGGAAAGUACAGCUCGUGGAUUUUGUCAACAGUUAGUUCAGAUGUGCCAAAUCUCAGGCAUGGAAUUCAGUCAGGACCCUGUGAUUCCUAUAUAUUCUGCAAGACCAGAUCAGGUAAAGAAGGCUUUGAAUUAUGUACACUCUGCUGCUAUGGAUAAGCUUUGUGGUAAAGAGCUAGAGUUACUGAUUGCCAUUCUUCCAGACAAUAAUGGCUCUCUGUACGGUGAUCUCAAAAGGAUUUGCGAAACAGAUCUGGGGUUGAUCUCUCAAUGCUGCCUUACAAAACAUGUAUUCAAGAUCAAUAGACAAUACCUUGCAAAUGUGGCACUUAAAAUCAAUGUCAAGAUGGGAGGAAGAAACACAGUGCUUUUGGAUGCUUUAAGUUGGAGGAUUCCACUGGUGAGUGAUAUUCCAACAAUAAUAUUUGGAGCUGAUGUAACGCAUCCAGAAUCAGGAGAGGAUUCUUGUCCAUCCAUUGCUGCUGUUGUAGCCUCCCAGGACUGGCCAGAAGUAACAAAGUAUGCAGGGUUGGUCUGUGCUCAGCCUCAUCGAGAAGAACUUAUUCAAGAUCUUUUCAGAUCUUGGAAAGAUCCACAGAGGGGUGUAACAUAUGGUGGUAUGAUCAGGGAGCUUUUACUAUCAUUCAAGAAGGCAACGGGACAAAAACCAUUGAGAAUAAUCUUUUACAGGGAUGGGGUAAGUGAAGGACAAUUCUACCAGGUUUUGCUAUAUGAGCUUGAUGCCAUCCGCAAGGCUUGUGCAUCUUUGGAACCUAGUUACCAGCCACCAGUAACAUUUGUAGUAGUUCAAAAGCGGCAUCACACUAGACUCUUUGCAAACAAUCACGAUGACAGGAAUAGUACUGAUAAGAGUGGAAAUAUCUUACCUGGAACUGUGGUAGAUUCUAAGAUCUGUCAUCCUUCUGAAUUCGACUUCUACUUAUGCAGUCAUGCAGGAAUUCAGGGUACAAGUAGACCAGCACACUAUCAUGUCCUCUGGGACGAGAACAAUUUCACUGCAGAUGAGAUUCAGUCUCUUACCAACAAUUUAUGCUACACUUAUGCAAGAUGUACACGGUCUGUUUCUGUAGUGCCUCCCGCAUACUAUGCUCAUCUAGCAGCCUACAGGGCUCGAUUCUACAUGGAACCUGAUGUUGUUGAGAUUAGCAAACUGCGAGGAACAAGGUCGAAAGAGGGGUCAGUUCGGGCACUGCCUGCUCUGAAAGAGAAGGUGAAAAAUGUUAUGUUUUACUGUUGAAUAGAGCAGUUGAGGAAUGUAAUCUUAUACUGUUGAAUGAGAUGCAAUAAGAGGCUUCAGAAUACAGAAACAGAAACUAAUUAGAGGUGACAAAUUUCUCAAUGUUGAUAUUAUAAGCAACUUCUGCAUGCAAAA